AUGCUCAUGAUCGCGCUCUGCACGCCCGUCAACGCGCUCCUCAGCUGGGCCUUCGCGUUCCCGCUGGGAAUGGGCCUCGACGGGGCGGCCCUCGGCUCCUCGAUGAGCCAGAUCCUCCGCGCCGCGGCGCUGCUGCUCUACAUCGCCUCCGCGCGCGGCUCGUGGUCCCGUCGCUGCUGGGGCGGCUUCUCGCGCGACGCGCUGCGCGGAUGGGGUCUGAUGGUCCGGUUGUCGUUUGCCGGGUCCGUGGCGACGCUGAGCGAGUACGCUGCGUUUGAGAUUCUGUGCUUCACGACGUCGUAUUUGAGCAAGAAACACCUGGCUGCGCAGUCGAUUCUCACGACGACGUCGAUUGUCGUCUGGCAUGUGCCCUUCUCCAUCAGCGUGUUCAGCAGUAACCGCAUCGGACACCUCGUCGGGGCGGGGCUUGUUGGGGCGGCGCGGAGGGCGGCGGUUUUUCAAACCCGCCAGCCUCAGGAGAUCCCGACCCCGGUUCCUCCUCCCUUCCUCCCCGGCAACCUGCCGCCCAUCGCCCUCCCCACCACUUGGCCGCGCUUCGAGAUAUUCGCUCGACCAAUCCCACUUCAAAACGGCUUCUAUGAGUUAGUGUAUAUGCAAGUCCCAGAGAUGAUCGUUCUUGGCAUCACACCCAUCGAAUCUGGCGAUCGACUCAGACCCGCGUUUGUGAAGGCGUGGGAACGAUCCAACGAGAUGAUGCGGGGCCGCUAUGGGGACCGCCUUCCGAUCUGGAUGCGGCCUAAGUCGCGUUGGCAGCGAAUUCUGGAGAUGGUGCCGUAUGGGGCGAGGACUGAGGUCAUGAUCAAUCUUAUAGCUCUUGCCACCAUCGGCCUCGCUAUAGUUGGUAUUUUUGUGGUUUGGGAGGCUCGCAACCUUUCAGGCAUCCAGACAUGCAAGAAGUUCUGCUAG